ACAAAUCAAAGCAAAUGCUUGUUUACACAGACAACAAACUUUCUGAAGGGCAUGAGGCCUAAGGUCAGUUGGCAUAGUUUAGUCACUUUUUAUACACAGAAGAUUGCAGGGUGCUAUGAUGCACGAUAAAAUAUUUAAUGUCCCUGGGAGAGCCAGAGCAGUGGCUGAAGGUAGAGCAGAGUGAGCAUUUUUGUUGUCAUGAUGGCCAGGUGGAGUGUGUGGCGCAGCCCAGUGACGAUGCCCCUGUUCUGGAUAGGAGAGCUGACAACAACAGGUGUGCGCUGCAGCAGCAAUAUGCCAGUGGUCAAACGGGUGUACUCAGACAGCAGCAGCAUUGUUAGGCCUUUCAGUGAGAUUCCUGGACUGUGGAAGAAUGGGGUGGCCAACUUGUACAAUUUUUGGAAACUGGAUGGCUUCAGAAACCUUCACCGCAUAAUGUUGCAGAACUUCAACACUUUUGGACCCAUUUACAGAGAAAAAGUAGGUUAUUAUGAAAGCGUAAAUAUCAUCAAUCCUGAAGAUGCUGCUAUCCUGUUCAAAGCGGAGGGCCAUUAUCCUAAAAGGCUGAGAGUUGAAGCCUGGACAUCUUACAGAGACUACAGGAAUCGUAAAUAUGGAGUUUUACUUAAGGAUGGAGAAGACUGGAGAUUAAACCGUGUGAUUCUCAACAAGGAGGUGAUUUCCCCGAAGACGCUGGAAAACUUUGUGCCUUUGCUGGACGAAGUGGGCCAGGAUUUUGUGGCCAGAGUUCACAAAAAGAUAAAGCGAAGUGGCCAGAAACAAUGGACCACUGACCUCUCUCAAGAACUCUUUAAAUAUGCACUAGAGUCGGUGAGCUCAGUGCUGUAUGGGGAGCGUCUGGGUUUGAUGCUGGACUACAUCGACCCUGAAGCUCAACAUUUCAUUGAAUGCAUCACCCUCAUGUUCAAGACUACCUCACCCAUGCUGUACAUACCUCCUGCUCUGUUGAGGCAGAUUGGAGCGAAGGUGUGGCGGGACCAUGUGGAGGCUUGGGAUGGGAUAUUCAGCCAAGCGGACCGCUGCAUCCACAACAUCUACAGGAAGUUACGUCAGGAAGCCGGCACUUCAAAGAAAUACCCAGGAGUCCUGGCUAGCCUGCUCAUGCUGGACAAAAUGUCCAUUGAAGACAUCAAGGCCAGCAUCACUGAGCUAAUGGCUGGAGGAGUAGAUACGACUUCUGUCACACUGCUGUGGACAUUGUAUGAACUAGCUAGGCACCCCAACCUCCAGGAGGAGCUGAGGGCAGAGGUGGCUGCAGCUCGGGCUGAAAGCCAGGGAGACAUGCUGGAGAUGCUGAAGCGGAUUCCAUUGGUCAAAGGAGCUUUAAAGGAAACACUGAGGUUACACCCGGUUGCAGUGAGCUUGCAAAGAUACAUAGCAGACGAUAUCAUUAUUCAAAACUACCACAUCCCAGCUGGCACUCUGGUCCAGUUAGGACUGUAUGCAAUGGGCAGAGACCCCAAAGUGUUUUUCCGUCCGGAGCAGUAUCAGCCCUCCCGCUGGCUGAGGACAGAGAAGCACUACUUCAGGAGCCUGAGCUUUGGUUUCGGCCCCCGUCAAUGUUUAGGACGCAGAAUAGCUGAGGCAGAGAUGCAAAUCUUCCUGAUCCAUAUGCUUGAGAACUUCCGAGUGGAGAAACAGCGCCAUGUGGAAGUGCAGAGUACCUUUGAGCUCAUUCUCGUACCAGAGAAACCUAUAAUAUUGACUUUGAAGCCUCUACAUACUAGUCAGUAACAGCAUUUGAGAGAAAAAUUGUGGUGCAUGAUAAGCCAAGCUCAUUUCUAUAGACCUUUAUCACAGUUAAUUGUAAAGGGCUUCACAAAGUACCGCAAUAUAAACACUA